AUGUCUUCCGACGGAAACAACGGCCCUGUCAUUAUCAAAGGCAUCCAAGAUGGCUUCGAAGGAGGUGAACCGCCCAUGCGGCUGGAGCUGCGCGACAUGGCCAACAAUCACCAGGAGCAAUGGACUCUUUUUCUCCUUGGACUAGAGCGGUUCCAAAAGGUUGAUGAAAAGGAACCACUAUCGUAUUUCCAGAUUGCGGGUAUCCACGGGUUGCCGGCGCAGAAGUGGCCGAACGCAGAUUGGAAUGAUGUGGGUUCCCAAUUUGACAAAGAGAAGUUGAAGACAGUCUUUGGUGGAUACUGCACCCAUACUUCCAUCUUGUUCCUCACGUGGCACCGUGUCUAUCUCGCCUUGUUUGAGGGAGAGCUGUACAAGCACGUCAACUACAUCGCACGCGAGUUCGAGAAAGAUGGGAAGCCGAAGUACAUCAAGGCCGCCAAGACCUUUCGACUGCCUUACUGGGAUUGGGCGGAACCUGAACUUCCAUUGUACCCGAAGGAAGCUCUGUCAGCAGAAGAGUACACUCCAGAGAGACCCAAGAGUCAGGAGGGAAAGCCGGACGAGUUUCCUAGAAAGAUGAACCCGCUGGCCCGAUAUGAGUUCGGAAAGUACUCCCAAUCCCAGAAGAAGCAGGAAUCCAACCUCAAUGAAAACAGAACCUCGAGAACCUUCGGUGGUAUCGAUGACAUCGCACGGAAGAAGGCUCUCAUUGAGUGGCUGAAUGAAUUCAAGGUCCCCACCAAAGGCAUGAACGUGUCUGAGAGAAUCAUCUUCCUUCUUCAGUCGUACACGGACUUUGGAGGUGUGUCAAACAAUGAACAUUUCGGUUCCCCUGACACUCGAUUCAAUAAUUGGGGUAGCAUCGAAGAUGUGCACAACGCUGUCCAUGUAUACGUUGGAAACUACAUGGGUAACGUCAAGAUCGCGGCUUUUGACCCCAUCUUCUGGCUUCAUCACGCCAAUAUUGACCGUAUCUUCGCCAUAUGGCAGGCCUGCAACCCUGGGAAAUACGUUACACCGCAAAAGUCUACAGGGAACACCGUCUUCCGGGCGAGAGGCGUGAAGGAGGACAAGGACACCUCGUUGCCUCCGUUUGCUCACUCUCUAAAAGAGGAUGGCAGCCAGGUCCUUUGGACAUCAGUCGCAGUGGAAAAAACCAAAGACUUCGGUUACGUCUAUCCCGAGACCCAGAGCAAGUUCAAGACCAGGAAUGAUGUUCUCAACGAGGUCGAUCGACUUUACAAGAAGAGAGCCUCCUUUGCCAACAUUUUGCGAACCCAGCCACUAGAAGCUCAGACAUUGCGUGUGCUUCAGGACCGUGCGAAGGCCCAUUUGGAGGUCUCUGGUACUGAAAGCGUCGAACUACCUGCCGGUCGCGAUCUCCGCAACUUGGCAGUCGGAAACAAGUAUCUCGAAUGGCUGGUCAACAUCAAGGCGAACAAACACGAGCUGGAUGGCAACUACAUUGUCAAUAUCUUCAUCGGCGAUCCCUCGGCCAGCACAGAUCCUCUUCUGUACAUGAAGGACCACGCUCACGUCGGAUCCUUUGCCACGUUCGGCCGGGACGAACACAGCUCGUGCGAGAACUGCAAGAAGGGCCGUGACGAAGAUCAGAGAAUUACUGGCCAGAUCCCUCUUACCAUCGCUCUUGUCGAGCGGUACUUGGCUGGACAGAUCGAGAGCCUUGCACCUGAGCACGUGGUUGCGUACUUGAACGACAACAUUCGAUGGAAGGUUACGCUUCCCAACGGAGAGCUGAGGUCGCCGGGGGACCUGAGGAACCUCCUUGUCUGCGUUGUAUCGAACGAGGUUACUUUCGACCCCAAUGACCCGACGGCAGUUCCAAAGUAUUCGGACGUUGUGACUGCUUACGAGAAUAUCACCAAUGAUAUUCCUGAGUCCUUCAAUACUGGUUAUGAUGGCCGCAAUUACUAG